AUGGAUAAAAUCGCAAAUGUAGCUGCGCUUUUGUCCAUGUUUGCGUGGCUUGAUUUGCAAUGCGCCUAUGGAUCGUAUGAAUGCAACGAUUCCUUAGUUAAGAAUGACCCAAUGGUGUCCCUCACCGUUUCAACGACCUUUGGAGAUGACCAUGUGAUCUAUGGAGCAUAUAGGUCUUAUGUGGAUACACCGACAAUUGAACCCACUUCGAAUAACCGUUUAUAUUAUGGUGGGUGGAAGGCUGGGGUGUCCGAUUCAUCACAAUGGUGGCAAGCGGAAUUUCCUGAACUUUGGACAAUCGUUGGUGUGAUAACACAAGGCGCCCAUAUGAGGGCUGAAUGGGUUACGACAUAUGCUAUAGAACAAAGUCUUGAUGGUGCAACUUUUAACCGAGUAGGGGGCAUCUUCAUUGGGAACUCAAACAAUGAUGACAAAACGGAUCAAACAAUUCCAGAAACGAAAGCCAAAUACAUUAGAAUCAUUCCACAGACAUGGUCAGGUGCGAUAAGUAUGCGAAUUGAUUUACGUGGCUGUCGUGAUGAAGACUGUCUCUAUCCUCUCGUGAAAGGAGAUGACCGUGUCAUUCUGUCAUCGUCCUCAGUCUACGCCAAUUCACCACAAGCGUACGGGGCCCAUAGAGGAAUCAUUGAUUAUUUCGUCCAUGAAACAUCAAAUGGACAGUGGCCAGAUUACUUGUAUGGAGCAUGGAUUUCAAAUGUGAAUGAUGCCAAUCAAUAUAUUCAGAUUGAAUUUCCCGAGGUGCGUAUCGUUCGUGGCAUUGUGACACAGGGGGCAAAUGGUAGGACAGAAUGGGUAACUUCCUAUCAGCUUAAGUCAAGCAUGGAUGCCUUAACAUGGAGACAAAUCGGAAACAAUUGGAUAGGUAACAGUGAUUCAAAUACCAAAGUGUUCCACGAGCUCUCUCCCUUUAAAGCAAGGUUUAUCCGUUUUAACCCUCAGGCAUGGUACGGUGAUAUCAGUAUGCGUGUCGGGAUUUUAGGAUGUACCCAACUAAGAAGAAUUGAUGAAUCAAACCAGGUUAUUCACCCCUGGCCGAUUGGAUUCACCAAGGCUGCUAUAUUUGACAACGACUUGACGACCUGCACUGCGCUACCAACAGCACGUCAAACAGGCGACAUCUUUCAACUAGUACUGAAGUUAUCUAACAUUUCUACUGUUGCGCUAAAGAUGUCUAUUACAGGGAACAAUUUAGGUUGCGACUCUUCAGAAGUCAUUCCCGUUCAACCACACUUUGAAAGGUUGUACAGAAAGUGCACCUUCAUGGCUCGGUAUUUCGAUGGGUAUCGAGACGUGUGUGAGUAUAUAUGUAAUUGUGAUACGUAUUGCAGCGACGUCCACAUCGGCACGUUUAACAUUGGAACGGGUAACUGGAAAAUAUGUGAAAUCCAACAGGACAUCGUUGAUUAG